ACAGGUAGUUCCAUACCUGUACGGCAACUAGAAACCGAGCACCAAGACGCCGGCGGCAAAGAUGGCCCAUGCCGACGCCGGAGGUGGCCUGGAGAUUGUGCCGCACAGCGGCGACCUGGAGUUGGACCUGCCGCCGCCGGGGAACUCGCUGCGGCAGGACUCGCUCUACCGCGACGCCACGAGGCCAGCGCAUCACGCCGGCCACCAUGGCCAGGAGAGCUGGGUUCGGACGCUACGGCUGGCGUUCCAGUGCGUCGGCAUCAUGUACGCCGACCUCGGCACCUCGCCGCUGUACGUCUACUCCAAUACCUUCAAGAAAGGCGUCGGCCACCCGGACGACGUCCUCGGCGUCCUCUCCAUCAUCAUCUACAGCUUCAUCCUCUUCACCAUGAUCAAGAUCGUCUUCAUCGCGCUCCACGCCAACGACGAGGGCGACGGUGGAACGUUUGCUCUCUACUCGUUGAUCUCGCGGUACGCCAGGAUCUGCCUGAUCCCAAACCAACAGGCAGAGGAUGAGCUCGUGUUGAGGUACAAGCAUCACCCGAAGCCGUCGGCGACGCUCAGGAGAGCUCAAUGGAUGAAGAACCUGCUGGAGACGAGCAAGUUCGCAAAGAUCACGCUCUUCUUCCUCACCAUCCUUGCGACCGCGCUGGCCAUCAGCGACUGCAUGCUAAACCCUCCGAUCUCCGUUCUGGCAGCGGUCAACGGUCUGAAGUUGAGAGCACCUCAUCUGACAAAAGAUGCCGAGGUGUGGAUCACAGUGGGGAUUCUGGUGGUUUUCUUUUCGGUCCAGCGCUUUGGGACCGACAAAAUCGGUUACACAUUUGCACCGGUGGUUACCCUGUGGCUUCUUUUGAUCAGCGGUAUUGGGCUCUACAACGUAAUCAAGUAUGAUAUAGGCACCUUGAGGGCUUUCAACCCAAAAUAUAUCAUCAACUAUUUUCGAAGGACCAAAAAGAAAGGAUGGGUCUCUUUAGGCGAAAUUCUACUUUGCGUCACAGGCACAGAAGCUCUUUUUGCUGAUCUGGGAUACUUCAGCAUCAGAUCUAUACAGCUGAGCUCCACCUUUGGUUUAUUACCAUCCGUAUUGCUCACCUACAUUGGGCAAGCAGCAUACCUGAGGAAACACAUGGAUAUGGAUAUAUCUAAUGCUUUCUUCAAUUCAGUUCCAAGCUCUUUAUUUUGGCCAACAUUCAUCCUUGCACUCAUUACAGCAGUAAUUGGAAGUCAAGCUAUGGUCUCGUGUGCCUUUGCAACCAUGUCACAUUUACAAGCACUUAAUUGUUUCCCGCGGGUCAAGAUAUUGCGUACAUCAAGGCAUUAUUCGGGCCAAAUGUACAUCCCUGAAGUAAACAUCUUCCUUUGCAUAUCUGCUUGCAUGGUGACACUAAUCUUUAGGACGACUGGUUUCAUUGCCAGAGCACAUGAAAUUUGUGUGGUCCUUGUGAUGAUCAUCACAACAUUGCUGAUGACAAUAGUAAUGCUCCUCAUAUGGAAGGUAAACAUUUGGUGGAUAAUCAUCUUCUUCAUCGUCUUCAUGUCCACAGAGUCCAUCUACACAGCUGCAGUUCUAUAUAAGUUCAUCCAUGGACCAUACCUGGCAUUAGCAAUCUCAGCAGUUCUUAUGACGAUCAUGAUUGUGUGGCACUACGUGCAUGUCAAACGUUAUAAGUAUGAGCUUGAGCAUACUGUAUCACGUGAUAAGGUGAAGUAUAUCCUUGAGCGUCAGGACCUAAAGAGAGUUCCAGGUUUUGGGCUCAUCUACACUGAGUUGGUACAAGGGAUACCACCCAUAUUCCCUCACCUCAUUGAGAAAAUCCCUACCAUUCACUCAGUUAUUGUCUUCAUCACUGUGAAGCAUUUGCCAGUUCCACAUGUUGAUGUCUCAGAGCGCUUCCUAUUUCGACAAGUGGAGCCUAAAGAGCUAAUGGUGUUCCGUUGUGUGGCCCGAUAUGGGUACCGUGACACGCUCGAAAUGGCCAAUGGAUUUGUUACAAUAUUAGUUGAGUACCUCCAAUACUAUAUCAGGGAUGCCAACCUCUAUGGAUUAGGUGAUCCAUUGAGGAUUAAUGAUAACAGCGCUCACAUUGAUAGCUUUUAUCAUGAGAAGCCCUCCGAGCAUGCCAUCUAUGCGGAGGAAAUGCUUACACCAAUCCAAUCCUUCUCAGAGCUCACGAUGCAUCCAGUUGGUAUGAGCAAUAUGCUGACACAGACUGGAAAGAUGAACAUAGAGGAGAUGUUCAAGAUUGAAGAAGACCAAAAGAUUAUCCAGACUGAGGUGAACAAUGGUGUUGUUUAUAUACUUGGGGAGACUGAAGUGGUAGCCAAGCCACACUCAAACCUAUUAAAGAAAAUCAUUGUAAACUAUGUAUAUAGCUUUCUAAGGAAAAACUCAAGGAAUGGAGAGAAGAUGCUAUCGAUUCCACGAGGCCAACUACUUAAGGUUGGAAUUACCUAUGAGAUCUAAGGGUUAUGUUGAGUUGUUACAGUUAGUAGAAACUAUUAUAUAUAAUUCAAAUUAGUGGUUCAGGAGGGGGGGUCAUUUCGAC